AUGUUUGAAUUCACAUGCGAACUGAUCGCAGUUGCUGCUUCAAAUCCACACCUCAUCUUUCUUUUAUGCAAUCUGAUCAUCGUCAUUCUGAUCCUUGUUAGCUUGGAACCCGCCUCAAAUUCUCACCAUAACUGCACUGCUACUCCAAUUCCUCCUCCACCAUCACCACCGCCGCUACAUCCCGCCGUUAACAACAACAAAACCUUCGAAACCACCACUCCAACUACGCUGCCUCAGGAAACUAGUGUCAAUGUCUCGAUAGACGUUGACGAACUGUCAUAUGACUGCACUUUAUCAGUCGAAGAGAAUGAGGAAGAACAGGAUGAUGAUCUCAGAAGAAGAGUAGAAGAAUUUAUCAACAAGAUUAAUAAAGGUUGGAAGGCUGAAAAAGAAAAAUUGCAGUUAUCCCUUGCUCAUUGA